AUGUCGAUUGCGUCCUUUGACGAGUUAUUGAACAUAGUUCAUGAUGACCUGGCACCUAGUGGGAACUACGUUAGGGAUAGUAUUUCACCAGAAGAGAAACUCGUAAUCACAUUGAGGUUCCUUGCUACAGGAGAUUCCUUUAAAACUAUUUCCUUCAGCAACAGGUUGGGAAAAUCCACAGUUGGAGCUAUCGUCCAUGACACCUCUAGAGCAGUUAUCGAUGUAUUGUUAGAAGAGGUGAUGCCUGUACCGAAUGAAGAAAAAUGGAAUGCUAUAGCUGAGGAGUUUUGGACAAAACGGCAGUUUCCAAACUGCAUUGGAUCUUUAGAUAAAAAGCACGUAACAAUACAGGCUCCAAACAACUCAGGAAGUCUCUAUUGGUAUUACAAAAAAACAUAUUCCAUUGUGUUUCUUGCUCUGGUUGACCCUUGUUAUAAUUUUAUUGCAAUGGAUGUGGGAGCGUACGGAAAAAACUCUGAUAGAGGCAUUCUAGUACAUUCAAACCUUGGAAAGUCAUUGGAAAACAAUACACUUAGCAUCCCAAAGAGUAAAACUUAA